AGUAUUUGCACGUCGUCGCUGUCGGAAGAGAAAUCACCUCGUAGUUGUUCGUGGAAGAUAGAAGGGAUUUUAGUGAUCUCCGGUUGUGUACGCGCGUGCGACAUUGUAGAGAGUGUGAUCAUUCUACUUAGUGAUUCACAUCUGGAAGCCUCAUUAGGUAACGGAUCGUGAUCGGUGGAGGACAAGUACGGAAAAAUAGUGUCGUGAAAGUUUUUGUUUAUCGGUGAAGAAUCUGCAAAAUAUAUUAAAAAUGACUGACAACAAGUCAACGAUGAAGCGGCUCGAUCCGAAGAUUGUGUUCUUUGUUCUUCUACUGGCGGUGACGAUGCCGCCGCUAGUUCCUGGUCAGCAGUACACCGGCGUUAAAUCUGUUGAAUCGUCGGAUAGUGCUGAGGGAGACACCAAUUCACCGGUGAAGGCAGAUCGUGGCGGUAGCGGUGGAAAUGCAGGGAUCUCUGCCCGAUCGAUCGACAAGUUCGAAGCAAACGAGCUCCCUGAGAGUGAUAGCAAAAUCAUCAAGCUAUCGAUCAAGCAGAUUGAGCCUCAGGUCACAUCCGGGUCGAGAGGUGCCAGAAAUCUAGGAUUCUCAGCUGAUGUCUCAUUGAAUGCCAUUCCUGGAGGGUUUAAUAAUGAACUGACCAAUGGGGAUUUGAAGUUUCCAGUCACUCCUUCAACCACCGUGGCCAUGGAUAGCUAUGGAAAUCCGGUAACACCUUACACGGAUCUCGGAACGACCGGAUUGGAAUCGGUUGGAUUUGUACCGGAAGCCAACAGGGAUAACCUGCAUGGACCCAAUAGCAAUCAACACGGACACUUCAACUUCAAGCUUCCCAGUUAUGCUUCGGGGAUUAUCGAACCUGUAGUACUUCCACCGGUUGCAUCAGUGAAUUUCUUGCCUCAGCAAAGUCAGUCCCCAUUAUAUCCACAAUCGACCGCAACAAUCAGAGCUCCAACAACAGCAUUUCAGUUUGUUCCAAAUGCCAAGAUCCCUACCAUCGGUGAUGGACAGAUCAAUUUUGCCCAGAAACCGUUGAAUGGACUAAUACCUCCACUAUUCCCUGGAGAGCAGCUGCCCGGCUACAAGGUAGAUGUCGGUACCGAACGAUCGAAUAUUUUUGUAAAUGAUCCGUUCGGCUCACCUUCCUUGGACAAAGGUCUUACGCUGCCUCGUGACAAACCUCCAGUAAACUUCAAUCAAGGGGCUCCUCAAAACUCACAAGUUCCUCUCCAGGUUCCUUUAUUCAUACCACCACUAACUCCUCAACAAUCUCAGGCACCCCAGCAGCCCAAACCUCAAGUUCCACAGCAACAUCAAAAUCCUCACCAAUCACAGUACUACCCAACUACUCAAUCUCAACAGCCUCCUCAGCAACCUCAAUUCAAACCCACCAAAGCCCCCGUGCAGAAGUUCACCGGAUCCUUCGGUGGUGCCCCGGGUCUCCUUGGGAGCCAACAAUUCCUCGGCACGGCAUACACCUCAACUCCUCAGCCCGUCAAACCAGCUGUUCCACAAACAUAUCCGACUCCUCCAACAACCCACUUCGUACCGACCAUUCCUCAGGCACCCACUCCUACCAAAGCGCCAAACAAAUUCACCGGUAGCUUCGGUGGAGCUCCCGGCUUCCUUGGCAACCAACAAAAUCUCGGAACCGCCUACAAACCCACAUCUCCCACAAUCCCUUCAACCCCUCAGAGACCCGUCUCAUUUCAACCUCAACCUCAGCCUCAGCAACAACCUCAACCUCAGCCUCAGCCACAACCUCAUCCUCAAUACCCUCAAACCCAGGCACCGAACAUCAUCAGACCUCCUAGUCCAUUCCAACCACAACAGCAACCCAGCUACCCGCCACAACAACCUACCCAAGCCCCUGGAGGAAUCUACACCGGUACAUUUACCCAACAGCACAACCACCAUCACCAACAGCAACCGCAAGCACAACCUCCCGUAACGCAACGACCAGGUCAGUACGUGGUAAACAAGUUCACCGGAAGUUUCGGUGGAGCUCCGGGCCUUUUAGGUAACCAGAAACUGCCGGGUAGCCACGUGAAGCCAGAUGGAACCAUUCUGGCCCCGUCGGGUCCGGGCGUCGGAUUCAGCUCCACGACGGGCAGUUCCAACAGGCCUACUUCUGUAGCGGUGGCGAGCAGUGGUACGUUUACCGGAAGUUUCGGGGGACCGCCGGGAGUGCUGCGUCCGUUCGAUAAUGUGAAGGGUUAGAAAUAAAAAGAGGGUUGGGUUUGAGCGAAGGAAGUAGUUACCGUGAAAGUAUUAGGUUUAAGGACAGAAUAAAGAUAUCUUCGAUAGGGUAAGUGAGCCAGUUAUGGCAGUAGUGCUGUAGAUUUUGGCCCAAGGGUCUGACUCAAAUUUGAAAGAAAUUUUCAUAGCUUUAUUUGUGUAGAUCUAUGCUAACCCUGCUUGGAAAUAAAUUUGGUAAACAUUGAAAAAGAAAAUUAAAAAUAAGAUAGGGCCAAUUAGGGAACCUCUUGGGUCAAAAACUAUUUCACUUACCCUAUUAGAUGUUAGAUAAAGUACAGUAAGAUCCAUGGAAUACGUCAAUAUUAUGUUGAUGCAUUUUAAAAUU